AUGACCGCGGACACUAGCUUUGUGGACAUGCUCUCUUUUCCAGUGAUCAACGUGUUUCCGAAUGACCAAAGCACUCACACUGUCCCUCUUCAAUCUAAUUUCGCCACAUCCCAUUUCUUUGCCGAGUCCGCAAAUAUUCAAAUGGCCUCGGAUUUCUCUCCAAUGCCUAAUUGCCCGUUCUCUGUAUCUCCGUCAAACUCUGUGGGGCAAGAAUCCCUAACAGACGCUUCUGCAUCUGGGUAUUCGACCGCUAGUGCAUCUUCGUCUGCUUUCAGUUCCCCAUGUCCCGAGACCACCCAGGCGUUUCAGGAUUUCAACUGGGCGGAUACAGACCACGAGCUUGUCCUGCAGGCUGAGUUGACGAACGACUUAUGCUCCAACGGCUAUGUGGCGGACACCGUCGACUUGAACAGGCUCUAUCAAGAAAAGCUUCCUGACAACUUUGAUGUGCCUAACUUGAACACUUUAGGGUUUUCUCGUGUCCAUCCUGUGCAGUGCGGCCUCGGAUACCAUCCUACCGACAUCGUUUCAAGCCUACCUUCUACCUUUCUUCCUCGCUCUGACACUGCUUCUCCUUCUCCCUACGGUGACCAUACAGCGCAGCAUCCGUCAACAGCGAUGAUAGCCGAAGGCUUUCACUUCUGUUCGGCUUCGCUCGACGACAGGCCGUUCUUCAACACCUCCAUCGAAUCAUCCCUGUUGCUGCAACAAAUUUCCCUAAACAGUGAACAAGACUAUGGCUUCAAGAAGAAAGGUCGAUGUCCGGAACCCCAUUGUAGACGAGUCGUCAAGAACCUGAAGGCCCACUUGCUUACCCACCAGUCCGAACGGCCAGAAAAGUGUCCGAUCGGGACCUGUGCAUACCAUAUCAAGGGCUUUGCCCGUAAGUAUGACAGGGAUCGGCAUACUUGGACGCACUACAAGGGGAAUAUGACAUGCGGGUUCUGCGCAGAAUCCUGGCCCCCAAUGAAGAAGAGCUUCAACCGCGUGGACGUGUUCAAGCGUCACUUGACCGCCGUCCACGGUGUGGAGCAGAAACCUCCAAAAUGCCGCAAUUACGUCCCGGCUGCAUCCACUGAAAAUGGCACGAUUCUUAGCGGAAAUACAACAGGAAAGUGCUCAACUUGCUCAGCGACAUUCAGCAACGCCCUGGACUUCUACGAGCACUUGGAAGGAUGCGUGCUCCGUGCUGUGGAGCAGGAGCAGUCUCCCCAGGAUAUCAACCAGAAAUAUCAUGAAGUCCCUAAGUUCGCGAAUUGCAAAGCCUCCACCUCAACAUCGCAUCCGAUUAUUGGCAACGGCAACACCUUUCCCAAGCGUUCUUCCGCCGCUAUCGCAAGCAAGAUCGGCAGGAUUCGCGCCUUUCCAACCCGUCGUAAACGUUUGAAGACGUGGGGCUGCUCCAACAGCAGGAUAAAGAAAAGUAAGGAGAGAAAGAAGAACAAGCGAGUUUUGUACCAUUUCGACGGCCAGCGCCGCCUAUGA